AUGCCAGUAGGUACACUGUCGAGUAGAACGAUGAGAACCCUAUCAGCUCUUGUGGUGAGCUUGGCGUUGCUGCAAGCCGCCGCGAGUGAAGAGAAAUCGUGUAGUGCCGUGCUAUUCGACGGUAGGCCUCAUAACGAACAGCUCUUGAGGUCUGGCCUCUACAAGCCAUCUUCCUUGGCCGUGGAUCACAAGAGGAACGCACUGUACUUCAGCUACAUCCCGAUCACCGACAGGGUGAAAUACGAGAUCGCAAAGGUCGAUCUAAACACUGGGAGCUUUGGACAUGUCAACGUCGACAGCGGGUAUUCAUUGGCAGUCGAUCAGAAACGCCAUCUAGCGUACAUAGGCACACACAAGGGCAUAUACAAAUACGACAGCUCGACCAACAAAGCACGCCUUGUUCUGCCCGCUGUAACCGCCUGGAAACUGUACUUCAAAGAUGCUUUAUACUACAUAGAGUUCGUGAGUCAGGCACUCUACAAGUAUGUCGACGGGAAGUCGACGCUCUUUGAAGACUUGGCAGGCACCAAAGUGUACUAUUUUGCCAUCGACGAUGACUACAUGGUCUACUGCGACGAUAUCGGUGUGUUUGGUAAGAGCAGAGGCUCCUCAGACACGGUACUUUAUGCGGAGGUGAGAAGCGUGAACGAAGUGAGGGAGAUUGCUUUGGACAAGAAGGGGAGGUUCUUUGUCUGCUUCGAUGACGGCAUAUACAGGGUGGAUAAGGAUGAACAAGCACUGAGGAAGGUAGCUGAUGUCAAAGGGGCGUAUGGCAUGACCUUCGACGCUGAUAGUCAACUCAUCUAUUCAACGGAAAACGAAGUGGUCCGCCUAGUACCUAAUAACGAUUGU